GUACAGCUCGGUCCUUGCUACCUCGAGUUUCACCGCAGCUUGGGCGUCGGGGCUUUACCGCUGCCAGAGUGACGUCUUGGACUUUCUCUUCCCAGAUCUUGACGGAGCAGGGUCUGCCCGCGGCCGCCGUGAUGAAGCUGGUUCCCGUGGCCCUCAUGUACCUGGGUUCGUUCGCCUUCCUCGGCGCCGAUACCGCGCCGCUCGACGUGGCGAAGGGGUCCCGAAAGAAGUGGAAUCAACGGGCUCUGAGUAAUAGCAAUAGGGAAGUUCGGGCGUCCGUCAGUUACCCCACCGGGCUCGGUGACUGGAAAGCCCGGACGACGCGGGGUGUCGUUCAGCCGCUGGACGUGAAGGGCGCCUCUGGAAAACCUCAGAGCAGCGGUCCCGACGCAGCCCGAGUCAAGCGUGACCUACAGAAGAGGAAUCUCCGGCGCCCGCGGGGUGGCUGUCGCCUCGGGACGUGCAGCUUGCAUGAACUUGCGGAUCGGAUUCACCAAGUCACGGACAAGAAUAAGGACUUUUCCGCUCCCCCAAUUAAGCUUAGCCCAAAGGGCUACGGGCGCCGACGCCGGAGCGCUCCGUUGUCCGCGGAGUCACUGGUACGCGAAGGCCCGACCUCUCGGGCGCACUGAGUGCCCAUCACCCUCUUUAGGAUUGAGGCGGCGGCGGUAGCAGCGAGCGGUCCCGCAUGCAUCCCGUUGACACCUCCCGGUGCUGAGAUCUUCCCGGAGCUAAGCCCCUUCUACCGACGGAGAUCCUGGCUCAACAGCCCCGGCAGCCACCAGCAGACCGCGAAGCACCGUCCAGCGGCGGCGAGCCCCGACUCUGCAGGCCCCCCCCCCCCCAACCCCUCUUGCUCCGAGGCAAAGUUUCUCGCCCUAAUCGAGCCCAGAUGCCCCUGGGUGGCUGAAGAAUCCGAGCGAGUGUCUGCCAGGCUCUCCGAGAGGCCAAGCCGGGAAUUCUAUGCAGGGACCCCUAGGGUCUCAGCCACUGCUGUGCCCGCCCACAAACUGAUUUCUCACGGGGUGUCACCCCGCAGGGGCGCAAGCCUCACUAUUACUUGAACUUUCCAAAACCUAGCGAGGAAAAGUGCAAUUCGUGGUAUAUAAACAGAGGUAACUAUCAAUAUUUAAGUUUGUUGCUGUCAAGAUUUUUUUUGGGGUAAUUUCAAAUAUAGAGAUAUUUUUGUACGUUAUAUAUUGUAUUAUGGGCAUUUUAAAGAAGUUGUAUUGUCCCUCUCCCCUCUAUUUUAAUAUGUGAAUGUCUCAGCGAGGUGUAACGUUUGCUGCGUGGAGUGUGUGAGAAUCUGUGAAAGACUGAUUUACCUCUUGUGCAAGAAGAAAAUCCCGUGUCUGUACAAUCUACAUAAAAUGGGUGAUAUGCAGAAUAGAAAACUAAUAAACUGUCUCAUUGAU